GUCUUAACUGGCUGGACUGCACACAAUCGCCAUGAUCGAAACGAUCCGCGACACCGGGUUUGGCAAGCUGGUGCGUCUGUUCAGCGGCGGCCAGCUUCUGCGCUUCCCCGAGGAAGAAGACCCCUCCAUCUGGACCACAUACGUCAAAACCUCGGAGGAGACCAAACCCGCGCAAUCUGAGAUAUCGGGCUCGGAGUACGAUAGCUAUGAAGAAGACCUCGAAGCCUAUGGUUUGUACACGGUUAUGUCGCAGGCGUCCCGCGUGGGGAGAAGGACGUCCACUGUCACCUCCGCCCCGGCACUGCCCUCAUCGGCACAGCGCGGCAGCCCUACCAUCAUCACUUGGGCGCCGGAUGACCCCGAGAACCCCCAAAACUGGAGCAUCCCCAAGAAACUCCUGGUUAGCUCGCAGAUCUGGCUCCUCACCUUCGCCAUCUACAUCGGCUCCGCCAUCUACUCGCCGGGAAUCCCCUCGGCGGCGCAGCACUUCGGGAUCAGCAGCGUGGCCGCGACGCUGGGGCUGACGCUCUUCGUGCUGGGGUACGGGGUGGGCCCGAUGCUGCUGUCGCCUCUGUCCGAGCUCCCCGCCGUGGGCCGCAGCCCCACCUACGUGCUGACGCUGGUGGUCUUCGUCUUCUUCAACUUCGGGGUCAUCUACGCCCGCAACCUGGGCAUGUUCUUGGCCUUUCGGUUUCUGACGGGGUUCUUCGGCUCACCCGCGCUCGCCACGGGCGGCGCCUCGAUGGGCGAUAUCUGGAGUCCGCGGGCCCGCGACUAUAUGAUCGCCGUAUGGGGGUGCUUCGCCAUCUCGGCGCCCGUGCUGGGGCCGUUGGUGGGCGGGUUCGCGGCCGCCGCGAAGGGGUGGACCUGGACAAUCUGGCCGCUGAUGUGGGUGUCCGGGUUUACGUUGGUGGUGCUGUUCGUGGGCCUGCCGGAGACGUACGCGCCCAAUAUCCUCUCGCGGCGGGCGGCGCGCGUGCGCAAAAUUACCGGGGAUGCGGACUGUGUGUCUGAGUCGGAGCUGGAGUUGCGGAGGGUGAGCAAGAAGGACCUCCUCUUCGAAGCCCUAAUCCGCCCCUUCCAACUCAGCUUCCUCGAGCCCAUCGUCUUCCUCCUCAACCUCUACAUCUCUUUGAUUUACGGAAUCCUCUACAUCUGGUUCGAAGCCUUCCCCAUCAUCUUCGAAGACCUCCACGGCUUCAACGCCGGCCAAAACGGCCUCGCCUUCCUAGGCAUUCUAGUCGGCACAAUCUGCCUCGCCAUCCCGGGCUACUUCUACUGGAAAUCCCACUACCAGAUCCGCUACCUCGAUCGCAACGGCAACCUGCCCCCGGAGGCCCAGCUCCCCUCCGCCUGCGUCGGCGCCGUCUGUCUGGCCUUCUCCCUGUUCUGGUUCGGCUGGACCGGCAACUUCGCGAGUGUGCACUGGAUUGUACCCAUCCUCGCGUCCGGGCUGUUCUCGGUGGGCGGGUGUCUGAUUUUCAAUAGCAUCUUCACGUACGAGGCGCACGCGUACCCCACGUACGCGGCCUCGGUGCUGGCGGGGAACGACUUUAUGCGGUCGAGCUUCGGGGCGGCGUUCCCGCUGUUCGCGACGGCCAUGUUUCGCAAUCUGGGGGUUGGGUGGGCGUGUACGCUGCUCGGGUGUUUGGCUGUGUUGUUUGUGCCGUAUCCGUUUGUGCUGCUCAGGUUUGGGAGGCGGUUGAGGUUGGCGAGUCGGUUCGCGAGGCAUGAUAUUUGA